AUGAACUUGUCUUCAAAAAUCAAGACGCCUCAUACUUGUACCAGGAUUUGUAUCCAGACUCGUGGAUCGACAUCCGAACUCAUGUGGAUUGGCAUCCACGCUCGUGGAUCGACAUCCGGAUUCCGGACUCAUGUGGAUUUUAGCUCAGUGGUACAGUACGACUUUGGACGUGACAUGAACUUGUCUUCAAAAAUCAAGACGCCUCGUAUACUUGUACCAGGAUUUGUAUCCAGACUCGUGGAUCGACAUCCGAACUCAUGCGGAUUGGCAUCCACGCUCGUGGAUCGACAUCCGGAUUCCGGACUCAUGUGGAUUCUAGCUCAGCGGAAACUCAUCAAACGCACGAUAUUCACAGACCACCUCAAGAUCUUGACAGAUAGACAGGACGAGCUGCUUCAACAGCUUGUGGGGCUUACGAAAGAGGGGUUCUCGAAGGCACAGGGGAGAAGAGCAUUGUUGCUUGGGGUGUGUCAUCUCCAUCUUUCUGGUUCAACAUCUUGUCCUUUCGUUCACCCGUGCUUGUAUACUGUUCACGUAUGCCUGACGUUCUAUACCUCACCUCACCUCACCUCACCACUGACACCUCUUACAGAAUGCCGCAAAGAAAAACCGAAGAACAAAAGUGGAGCAGAUACUAGCCUCGUGUUUACAAAUCCUGAACACGGGGCCACUACCUGA